AUGGGAGUUCAAGACAAGAAAACCAGGAAACCGCUGGUCCAGGGUAGACUGCUGGCCGACACUACAACAUUCGACUCCAAGGGUGAAUUUCAAGAUGACCCCACUAUGUUGCCAGCCAAGUCGUUGCCUGUGUUGACGGAGAGUGUAUCCUCACGGCCGGAACCUCUCCAGUGCCUGGACCUCUCAGACACUGAAACCGACGUGACAUAUGGUGCCAGAGCUGGAUCAGUAGUGGUGUUUGAUGCCUCUGCCCUGGGCGACCCAUCGUCUGGUGCUGCGGUGGAUGUGGUCCUGGCUUAUGAACAUUCGCCUGCCAGGAUUAUAUGUCACACACCGGGGAAACUCCAGCACUCUCUCCGUCAUGAGAGAGCCACUGAUGUCUCUGCUUUGUGUGCUGGUGACGGUCCAAGCAUCUCUGUAACAGUGGACAGGGUGCUGACAGUUGCUGGCUCCACAGCAAAGACUGAACACUACCAAAGCCUGCUUGAUGAUCAGGAGAAUCUAAACAAGGUCGGAAGUUUCCGCGGCAACAGAGGCAUCAUUGAAGAAAUUCUGAUGCAAGAGUUGGGCAGCAGUAAUGUGGAAGCCAUUUCUCUUCACAGCGAAACUAGCCCACUGGCAGCCCAGCAACCGACAACUGGUGCUCUCCUACCAAACUCCCAGCAGCAGCCAAACAACAAGAAGAUUCUAGAUUUUCUCUCUACAAAUGUUUCCCACAAUGGAGAUCCUUCUUUAAAUAAUUCUGUUUUCACUAGGUCAUCUCAAGAUCAGCACAGGAAACAUAAAAUGUGUGCAGAUAAUCAAACGCCAUUUUUCCCUCAGCCAAAGUUUGAUGACUCUGACACUUCAGUUGACCAGAUACCUGUCAAAGACAGCAUCCAAAAUCAGCAGGCCAAGUUGCAUGAUGAUUCGUCUGGCUCUGAGACAUGCUCACUGCACGAAUAUGUGACUCCACACAAACUACACAACAAAGCAGUGAGCCUCAGCAAACUGGAAUUAUCUGCCAAACCUGUGCCAGACACAGAACCAGCUCCUGCUCUGGCAUCCACAAAGAAAAGGAAACUGAGGAAAGUCACGUCUCGCUACCUGCUGAGUUCAGUCAGCAGAAAUACGGCAGAGAAUAAGUUAGCUUCAAAAAGUUCUAGCAUGGAAGCAUCAGUGCUGAAGUCACAUUCAAGAUCACAAACAUCUGCUUCAGCAGUGGGCAAACAGACAAGAGAGAAGCAGCAUGUGGACAUGAAAGCAGAACUACGAACAAGGAAGGCUGCCUCUGGAAGGUCGACCAGAACUAAUAAUAUGCCCACAAAAAGCACAAACACACAAACACUGCAGUCACCUGAUAGUCCCCAAGAGGCCAUACGGUCGUCCCAUGAGUUCCCCAACACAAAACAGAAAACAUCUACACCUACACAUGAUCAGACCUGUCACUUGUCCUCGCAGGACAUUGAUGCCUCAGCCAUCCACUCUGUGUCAGCAGUCUCUAUCAACACUACCGUGCCUAGCUUCUACCCAGCUGCUGCAGCAAACAAGGCCGCAACAGAUACUGGUGCCAAAAACUUGAUGACACAAACAGUCUCAAACAAAAGAAAUGCCCACAGACCUAGCGCUGAUCCCACGAGCUCCACCUCCGACACAUCUCAGCUUCAGCUGGAUCUGGAGCACACCAGGUAUCUACAGUGGGCAUUCAUGAACAGCAAGGUCAGUAAACUGUUGCAGGAACAAGAGAAGGAUGCAGCUGCACACCUCCAUGCUCUGUGGAAGGUUGUAGAAUCAAGAAGAGAAGACAAUGUCCGGCUGCAGAUGGAUGUAGCCAGGCUUCAGCAGAUUAACUUACUGGAGACUGUUCUUGACAAAACUGAGCCUGACCUGGACACUGUGGUCUCAUUGCUGCCCCAGCUGGAGGAAUACUACUGCAGAAUGAGCUCAGCCCUGGACACCACCAGGCACCAGCUGCCCACCAGAAACAUCUACAUCCCACAGGGAAGUGCAGAGCUGCAGGAGGAGUAUGAAGACAAGCUGGAGGCUGCCCUGACAGAGUCCGAACAACUGCUGACAGAACUGGAUGAGUUGACAGGGGACAAAGUGUUACCACUAGGCCACUACCUGGACUGUGUGGAAGCCAUCCAGAAAAAUGUGAUGUCUACAUUCAGUGAGCUUCAGGGCUCUCAGGUCGAUGUGGAUGUCCUCAAGGGACUGUCCACUCGGUUAACAUCACUGUCUAUACAGGAGAUGCAGCUGUAG